GUUAACAAAUUUUUGAAAAAAUGGCGGAAGCUGAAGAAACUAGAGACGAGGAAACUCAGGAAGAAAGUGUUAGUAUAUUCGAAGGAUCCUUUUACACAGUGGAGCAGAGAUUAGAAACAUUUAAAGGAUCAUAUUGGCCGUAUGAAACAGGGAAAUGCACUCCAUUGAAGAUGGCAGAAGCUGGUUUCUACUUUUGUGGUACAUCCUCUACUCCAGACUGGGUCCGAUGCAUUGUGUGCCAUCAUGAAAUGGAUGGAUGGGAAGAAACAGACGAUCCAUGGGAGGAGCAUUGUGCACACAGUCCUAACUGUUAUUAUUUAAAGAAGGCAAAGGAUCCUUAUAAGAUAACUGUAGGAGACGUGAUAGAAAUGGAGAAGGAGGCAAUUAAAUGUUAUGUGCGGAAAGAGACAGAUAGAUUAAGAAAUUCCUGUCAAAGUUACUGGGAAGAAGUUGAGGCUUCACUAUUAGAAACUAUGCAGAACAUGUCAUGAUGUCUCAUUAGACAUACCAUAAUUAUUAACAUUUUAUCACCACUUCAUUAUUAAUUAUUAUUAUUGAUUACUAUUACAUUAUUAUCGCUCAGUGUUGUGCAUGUUUAUUUAUUAUUUAUUGUGUUUGCAA